AGGUGGCAGCUACGCUACGUCAUCAUCUAUCAGCACUAUGUAUUGUACUUCAGGGACGACAAGGCCAAGAAGCCACAGGGAGUCUUCUCCCUGACAGGCUACAACAGGGUCAUGCGAGAUGAGGCAGUGUCAGACGAGAGAAAAUGGUCCUUCAAGAUCAUUGGGUUGAGGUCAGAUUCCAGAACAUGGUACUUCAAUGCAGCAUCAGAAAAAGAAAUGAAGCUAUGGAUGGCAUAUUUCAAAGUAGCUAUGGAACAAGCAAUUCAUGGAAAAGCAAGAGAAAAGUCAUUAAAAAUCCUUCAGGAUCUGAAAUACAAGAACAGCCAUCGAGACACGCUCUUCGAGGACGAGUCAAGGCACUCGGGGUCAAGCAGCGGGGGUCAACAAGCGGAUCGAAUGACCCCUUGGUCUACGAGGAUAUCGAGAUGCCCCUCUACGAUGACACAGCGAGUCCUACCAGUCCUAACGCACCCCUCCAUAGACCCCUGCCAUCGUUACCUACAGACGAUUUUGAUUCGUGUCCAAGGCGGUCAUCAGCUGGUGCUAUGUCGGGCAUUAAAAGACCAAAUCAAUUGUCUACAAGAUCACCAAUGGAUGCAGAUCAGGCAGUAGGUCUAGGAUCUAGAACUCACUCCGAUCCCACCAAGCAUCAAAAUGACAGCUCUUCCUCCUCCUCCUCCUCUUCCUCCUCCUCCUCCUCCUCGUCAUCCUCCUCCUGUUCAUCAUCAUCUGGGUCUAGAAGGGGGUCAUCCACGCCAGGAACGAGACUUAAGAUCCCCUCUAACUCGGCGCCAGGCUCACCCAGUAGUCGACCGCGCUUUCCGGAACCGCUUAAGAUCCACCAUUUUGAUGAGGACUACAUCACGCCUGAGAUGGAUGCCCAGUCACCAAGCAGACCUCUACCACCGACGCCUGGUACCCCCAAGAUGGGUCAGAUGAUCAUGCCGAUGGGAAAGAGCCUUCAACAAGAACUGGAGAAUAGAAAGAGGAGAGAACCAAGCAAGAGACUGACCAACAGGCAGCCGUCCAUCGAAGAGGGAUCAGAAGAAGACAAACCAACGUUGAGGAGAGGACCUGAGGGAAACAGUUUCAGGAAACCUAUCACAGAAAGACCUUUUCGUGGUCCUGAGCCAGUACUGAAACCACUAGUAUCAGCCAAGCCCUCAGAUGCCAUCAAACCAGCUACAAGACCAAAGCCUAAGAUUAUCACACCAAAACCACCAGUCAAGCCCAGGCCAUCAGGUGGACCAGCCCCUGCAGUGCUGCUUCCUGAGGCAGCAUCUAUCCAGUCCUCAGACAAGAUCCACACAGAAGGUCUUUUACGGAAGUAUCGCUGUGAUGGGAUGUACCUAGUAAGACUAGGAUCAGAACAUGGCCAGGUUCUUAUGGUAUGGGACAGUCAGAACUGCAGAUGUAAACACUAUAAAAUAUUUCAAGAUCAGGAUUCCAAUCUUCACUUGGACCAUGUCCCUAAGUUUGACAACAUACUCAAGUUACUAGAACAUUACAAGACCAACGCAUUACCGAACAGCAAGCUCUAUCUCCAGAAAGCUUUCGCUGGUUGAGAGCAGGAAAACAAACAAUCAAACCACUCUGAAGCUGGGAUUCUCUGCUGGUGCGCUCACCAUCGUGUCAUUUAAAUAUAUUACCAUGGCAACAGAUGCUUGCGUCUAGCCUCGAUGACAUAGCUCAUGGAAUGUGAGAGUUGAUGGUGAAAGACUCUGGAGCCCCAUGGAGAUGCCUGUUUACAGAGCCAAAUACCGAUGUUGGAUCUACGUAAAGGCAUCUUAAAUUUGAACUGUUUGAAGCAGUAUAGUUCUAAACCAAAUUACAAAUAUCCCAAGCCCAGUUGGCCAAAUUUGUGAUGAUACUUUGAAUAGUGAGGCUCUUAUACAAGACCAUGUGAAGCGUUUCAUUUCUAUAAUGUUCAGAUGAAUGAAUGGCAUAGUGGGAUUUUGCUGAUUUGUCAA